AGUGGAGGGCAGAUCAGUGACUCUGACCUGUAGCAGUGAUGCUAACCCAGCAGCUAACUACACCUGGUACAAGGAGAACCAAACACAGCAUCAAAGUCCAGAAGGCAUUCAUCAUUUCUCCCCCAUCAGCUCUGAGGACAGAGGGAUCUACUACUGCAAGUCUGAGAAUCCACAUGGAGAGAUCAUGUCAUCGUCUCUAUCAGUAGAUGUCCAGUAUGCUCCAAAGCUUCCCUCUGUGUCAGUGAGUCCCUCUGAUGAGAUAGUGGAGGGCAGUUCAGUGACUCUGACCUGUAGCAGUGAUGCUAACCCAGCAGCUAACUACACCUGGUACAAGGAGGGUGAAGACUCACCAAAAGCAUCAGGACAGAUCUUCACCAUCACUGACUUCAGAGCUGAACACAGUGGGAAUUAUUCCUGUGAAGCCCAGAACAACAGAGGACGUAGUAACUCCACCUUACAUCUGAUGGUUGUAGCAGGUGAAAAGAAUCACUUGGCUGAUAUUAUCCGGCAUUCUUAG